AUGUCAGAAUCCCCAACCUCACCUGCAUGCAUAACAAGAAGCUCUUCGCCUGAUAAAAGCAGUCAACAGGAUUAUCAAGCCGAAGACGAAAACCCUCCCGGCAGCCAGAAGACUCAGAGACGUUCAAAAGCCAUCGACUUGAUACGCGCCCGAACGGUCGUCCGCAUGUCUCCGCCCGUGUCUGCAGAGAACUCUCCCGUGAAGGCGGAGUUGCCAGGACGAUCCCCAGAGGUAUCACCAACAAAGCUACCGGCAAAACGUCCAGGGAGCCCUCCACAAAGGCCCUCAAACAAUUCUGCACCAAAGUCACCUAGCAAGUCGUCAAAGGAAACACCAGGAAAGUCACAAAAGGCGUCGCCAGCCCGGCAGAGCAUGCAAUCAGGAUCUCCUGCUCUACAUGGACAGCCUGUUCAGCUGUACAAAAAUCCAGUUCCCUCCCUAGAACCGUCGCCCAUGCCAAAUCCUGAGAAAGAUCAGAGUGCCGCAUCCUCAGGCGGCGAAGCGGGUUUUCAGUCUUUCGGUGGCAGUUAUACAUAUCCGUACAUGUUGAACACCCAGCUUUUCCCCGAGCAGGACGCUGCCGGUACAUUUCAGCCUGCUUUGUAUGUUGUGCCCGUCUAUGCCGGAGGUACAAAUACGGCGCAGAGUCCCGUCCUCGAGUUUGAACAGGUUCUCCCUCCUACUAAAUUUCGAGGUGGCUACAGUAGCCUCGCGUCGUUCGAAGCGGAAUGGAGAGCAAAUCUGGAAUCAUUCGUCACAGCCUCAAGUGAAGAAAACACAGGAGUAAUAGCUGAGCAGUCUAUCACUACUCACACGGAUGAGGGAAAUCUGGCGAUACCUACUCCACGAAAUCUUGGAGUUGUCUCACCGGAAACGGACAGCACAACCGAACGAAGCGAAACGCAAGACACCCAACAUCAACCUCUCCCAAACCCUAUUUCGCGUCGAAACACACUCUCCACCAGACCAAAACUAUCCCCCAUCCAAGAAAUCUCCCGGCAAGACACCCUGUCACCAAAAUCCGAGACCUCGACAGCCAUAACAACUGACCCCCCAUCCCCCGCCAGAUCCAUUGACUCAGGCCAAUUCUUCAAACACGCCUCAUCAAUAAGUACGCAGUCCAGUCCAACACCAAGCACAGCAACCACAACCACAGCCAGUACCACAAUAACCCGAAAACAGAAACCCUCUGACUUCUUCUACCAACUCGACAGCCACGGCUUCCCCUGCGCUUCCAGCGCAUGCGAUAACCGCUGCAACCUCUGGGACGACACGAGUGUGAUUUGUCCUAAAUGCGGGCCGUAUUCUGAAAUCCGGUACUGCUCAAAGGCCCAUUUACUCGAAGAUAUCAAAUGGCACUGGGUGUACUGCGGAACGAUGAGCUUCGAGUAUCCAUGUAAAGAGAGCAGUAUCCCGAGGGAGAUUCGGGUAGACACGCCGUGUUUGAUUCCGUGUAUACAUGGGUAUGAUACGCCGGAGCGACAUCGGCAGGCUGUUUAUUUCAAUGUCUGUGGCUCACGGGCGGAUUAUUUUAUCUUUUCAGAUUGGGGUGAUUUGAUGGAGGCUGGCGGGGCGUCUGAUGGGAUGGCGCCGCGGUGCUCGUCGAGGAUUAUCUGCACUGUUACCUUUGAAGAUUCAGCUGAGAAAGAUCGAUUCCGCCGUGUGCUCGCGGCUUGUCUUUUCCGUAAACCACCUCUUCUCCCUAACCUUUCCCUCCUAGACAAAACCGCGCUAACAAACCCAGUAACAAUCGAAGUCCCGGACGUAGCAGACUACCUCUUCCGACUAAUCCGCAACAACCUACGCACAAAAUCCCUCUGGAGCAAAUCCCUCCACCAGUCCCUAAUACACCAACUAUCCCAAGAACUCUCCGUCCAAAUCCAGCCACACGUCACGGGUGAACGGCACGCUUGUUCAACAGACUGGGACGGACAAAGCCGGCGCGCUUGUAAAGAUGUUGUUUGUCGAGGCGAGUAUCGGCGGCUGCUGGGAAAGUUAGGGGGGAUGGGAUUUGGACGGUUGCUUGAGCAUUUGGAGGCAGGGUAUUGGGUGCUUAGAGCUGCGAGGAGCACGCAUCCUGUGGUUAAGGAGGUGGAGGAGAGGAUGAGAGGGGUGGGGUUUGAGGGGGUUUUGGAGGAGGAUAGGAGGGUUUUUCGGAGGGGGGUUGGUUGGGAUGGGGUUGGGAGUGGGUGUAUGGAGAUUGAGGGGGUAAAUGUUUGA